AUGAAGAUUCUUUCUUGGAAUGUGAGGGGAUGUGGUACCAAAGGAAAACAUAAAGCGAUUAAGGAAUUAAUCUGUAAAGUUAAUCCAGAUAUUAUUAUUCUUCAAGAGGUUAAAAAGGCGUCAAUAGAUAGGAGGUUCAUUGGAAGCAUUUGGAGGUCUAGGUUUAAAGGAUGGAUUCUUCAGGAGGCGAUUGGUCGGUCGGGAGGAACCUUGGUAGUUUGGGAUACUAGGAGUGUUUCCGUUAUUGACUCUUUAGUUGGGGAUUUCUCUGUUUCUAUCCACUUGGUGGCUGAGGGGAAGGAACCGUGGUGGUUCUCAGGUGUUUAUGGGCCUGUAGUGUAUGGUAAGAGAGAUAGCUUUUGGGAUGAAUUAGCAAGUUUGAGCACUAUUUGUGGUAAUAAUUGGUGCGUUGGGGGAGAUUUUAAUGUGGUUAGGAGGGUUGAUGAGAAACUGAAUAGCAAGUCAAAUACUAGGAGUAUGAAGAAGUUUGAUGCUUUGAUUAGAGAGUUAAAUUGGUUGACCCCAAACUUCAAAAUGGGCGGUUCACGUGGUCAAAUUAUAGACAAAAGCCUAUUUUUUGUAGACUGUAUAGAUUCCUUCAUACACCCUCUUGGUCAGGACUAUGCUCCUUCGUUCGACAAGAAGUUAUGGGAGUUCUCUAGCAAUUUCCAGCAGUGGUGGGAUUCGGCUAAAGUGCAUGGUUGGCCGGGUUUUCAAUUGAUGUCUAAGCUUGCAAUGGUUCGAGAUAAAAUUAAGACGUGGAGUCGGCAUGCCUAUGGGACUUGGAAAGUGCAAAAACAGUUGCUUGAAAGAAGGUUGUUUGAAAAAGACAGAUUAGAGGAGGGGGGAUCGUGGAAUGACCAUUUUCAUCUGGAACGCUCUAAGGUGAAGGAAGAAUGGCAGCAGAUUUUCUUUGAGGAGGAAAUAGUGUUUGGUUUAAAGAUAGAGGAAGAAGAUGGUACUGUUUGGGUUGAAGAUGCAGAUAUUGAAAAGACUAUUGUGGGUUUCUAUUCUGUUUUGUAUUCAGCGGUUCCCAGAGUCUGGAUUGGAGUGGAGGGCAUUUCUUGGUCUCCGAUUUCAGCGGUUAUGGCGUCUUUUAUAGAGCGGCCUUUCGCGAAAGACGAAAUUAAACAAGCGGUUUUCGCGUGUGACGACUCUAAAUCCCCGGGGCAAGAUGGUUUCUCCAUGGCUGUGUAUCAGAGUAAUUGGGAUGUUGUCAAAAAAGAUCUUCUCGCAGUCUUUGAAGGUUUUUUCAAUGACGACAUCAUUCAUGGAAGAACCAAUGAAACAUUUAUUUGUCUUAUUCCUAAGAAAUUAAAUAGAUGUCGAGUGAGGGAUUAUAGGCCUAUUAGCCUGGUUACUAGUCUUUACAAAGUCAUAUCAAAGGUGUUGGCUUAUAGACUUCGGGGAGUUCUUUCUAACACAAUUACGGAAUCACAAGGAGCUUUUGUGGAGGGUAGGCAAAUUUUGGAUACAGUAUUGAUCGCAAACGAGGCAGUAGAGGAGUACAGGAGCAAGGGUAGAAAGGGUUGGGUUUUCAAAAUUGAUUUUACUAAGGCUUAUGAUUGUGUGGAUUGGGGAUUCCUGGAUUUAGUUAUGAAAAAGAAAGGGUUUGGCGAUCUUUGGAGAAGGUGGAUUCGUGGUUGUCUAUCCUCCACAUCUUUUUCUAUAUUUUUAAAUGGGCGACCGAGGGGAAAGUUCAAAGGUUCGAGGGGUCUUCGCCAAGGGGAUUCCUUAUCCCCGUUCUUGUUUACUUUGGUAGCAGAUGUUCUGGGCAGAAUGAUUGAUAAGGCUAAAAGUAGUUCAGCUUUUAGAGGUUUCACAGUAGGUAAGGAUAAGGUGGAUGUCAAUCAUCUUCAGUUUGCCGAGGAUACGAUAUUUUUUGUGAACGAUGAGGAGUCAUUGGUUGUGCUCUUGGAUAUCCUUAAGGUUUUCAGUGUUGUGUCUGGUUUAUCUAUCAAUUUGCAGAAAUGUCAAUUGUUGGGGAUCAAUUUGAAUGAGGAGGUAGUGGAGCGGCAAGCAAAAGAGAUAGAUUGUGAGGUGGGACAGUGGCCGAUUCAGUAUUUGGGUCUUCCUUUGUGGGAUCCUCCUCGUUCCAAGGGAUUUAGGGAGCAUGUUAUCUCGAAAUGUGCUAAUUGUUUGGAAUCUUGGAAGAGUGCUUUUUUGUCUAGAGGUGGUAGGUUGACUCAUAUUCAGUCGGUUUUGUCUUCAAUCCCAGUUUUUUAUUUAUCGUUGUUCUGUAUCCCUAAGAGUGUGGUGGGGAUUAUUGAAAAGCUUAUGCGGGAUUUCUUGUGGGAAGGUGCGGAACAGUCAGGGGCAGACCACUUGGUAUCUUGGCACGAUGUAUGUAAAUCACGUAGUCACGGGGGCUUGGGAAUUGGAAAUCUAGCGUUGAGGAAUAAGGAUUUUCUCUUCAAGUGGUUGUGGCAGUUUCCUUUGGAGAGUACUUCUUUGUGGCAUAGGGUGGUCAAAAGCAUAUAUGGGAGUGAUGGGGGCCACUGGGAUACUAAUGUUGGAGGUAGAUUUUCUGUUCGUGGCCCUUGGAGAGACAUCUCGACUUUGUAUGAGGAGUUUAGAAGCUUGGUCUAUUUUAAAGUUGGAAGGGGAUACAGGAUUCGUUUUGGGGAGGAUGUUUGGAUUAGUGAGUGCUCUUUCAAAUCGAAAUACCCUGAUUUAUUCAGGGUAACGGAGGCCAAGAAUUAUUUGAUUAAGGACAUGGUAGUGGGGGAGGAGGUCAACAGUUCAGGCGGCCUAGACUGGGACUUUCGAUUCAGAAGGAAUCUAUUUGAUAGGGAGAUUCCUAGUUUGGUUGAGCUGUUAAAUUUGAUUAAGUUUGUGGAUUUACCCCCGAUCUUGGAGGAUAAGAGGAUUUGGAUUCCAGAUAAUAGUGGAGUUUUCAAUUGCAAGACUGCCUUUCAUAGUUUGUCCUACGCUAAUUUAGGUCCAGAGUUACCUUGGGCUAAGAGGUUAUGGAAGAGUGUGGUCCCUUCGAAAGUGAAAGUGUUUGGUUGGCUGUUAUUCUCGAAUAAGUUAAGUGUCCUCGACAAUUCGCAGAGAAGAAGACCUUUUCAUUAUUUGUCACCAAAUUGUGUUAAACGAGUUCAGGGUAUCUUGGUGUAUGUCUUCCUCGUGUUCGCAACUGUUUGUGUGUCAACUAGAGGGAGAGAAGAGAAUGGCUCGUCUUUGGCAAAGUACCGUGUUGGCAACUUUCUGGGUUAUUUGGUUGGAGAGAAAUAG